CAACCAACUUUCAUCAACACAUCCACUUUUUCCAUCAAAUCAACUUUGGAAAAAUGGCUCGCACUAAGCAGACUGCCCGUAAGUCCACUGGUGGCAAGGCUCCCCGUAAGCAGCUCGCCUCCAAGGCCGCCCGCAAGGCCGCCCCCUCUACCGGAGGUGUCAAGAAGCCCCACCGCUACAAGCCCGGUACCGUCGCUCUCCGUGAGAUCCGUCGCUACCAGAAGUCCACUGAGCUUCUGAUCCGCAAGCUCCCCUUCCAGCGUCUGGUCCGUGAGAUCGCCCAGGACUUCAAGUCCGACCUCCGCUUCCAGUCCUCCGCCAUCGGUGCUCUCCAGGAGUCCGUUGAGGCCUACCUCGUCUCUCUCUUCGAGGACACCAACCUGUGUGCCAUCCACGCCAAGCGUGUCACCAUCCAGUCCAAGGACAUCCAGCUGGCCCGUCGCCUGCGUGGCGAGCGCUCUUAAAUGCGCUGAACGUGGCUGAUUUUUCUUGUUGACUCUUCUGGGAAGGCGAUACGGGGUUUUCUUUUUAUGAACUACGGCGAUACACUAUGGGUUUUUCUUUCGAAUGAAUGG